AUGCACUCUUCAAACUUAAUAUUCAUUUGUAAUGUUGUUCUUGUGGUAUGGGGCAAAGCAUAAAUAGUGGUAAACAGUAAAAAGUUCAGAUCGCUUCAAUCGCCGGCCUCUGCCUGAGCUCUUCCGUUUUCGAUUUCAUCGUUGCCUCGCGACUCUAUUACACGGUUCCAGAUCAUGUGAGUCUCUGCCAAAGAAAAGUUGCAUUAUUUUAUUAUUUCAGAAAGUGCUCAUCACUCCAUCGCUUGCUCUCUACCUCUUCCCGUGUUCCGCGCUUUCCUUCUUGCUCUCUUUCCUCUACUUGCUUUUCUUAUCCGCAGGAGCAAGAGUCAUAAAGUUUGCCAUUGAUUACGAGUUGCCCCUUUCACUCAUCGUAAGUUCUUGUUCUUUGGUUCGUUCAUUUCAUUUGCACUUUAAAUCAACUCUUCAGCACGCGUUUCUCAUGUGCGUCGCAUGUGUUUUCUCAUCAUUUACCAGCUUCGUGUGUGCUCAAAAUGCAGCUGACAUCGCAGGGUAGGUCGAGUUUUUCAGUCGUCAAUCCCAUUUCACUCAGUUUCAGAUACGCCGUUUUCGCCACCCCGGCCCAAUUCCAGCUGGCUUCCGCGUGGUAUUAUAGCCGCCUACGAGCUCUUGUGGUAAGUUGUUAGACUUUCAAAAUCAUUUUAUUAAAUGACUCAAUUUCAGGUAAUUUCCGGGCUUCAAUGCAUCUUGAACGGAAUAGUAGUUGCCGUUCUCUACUUGGGAAUCAACUGCAAAUAUCGUACUUUUGCUCAUCUCUCUCAAAAACCACUGCAGCCGGACGUUGUUGAACGAACCACUUAUUUUGCUUGA